CUCGGCGAUCCAGAACCCGCGGAUCCGCUCGAAGCGUCUCGGUCUGCUUGGUUCCGGAGCGGCGCGGCGGUCCAAGCAGUCGAAGAGGAGAGGCCCAGGCCCGCCGUGUCCCGCGUGAAAACCGCAAGUCGGGCGCGAUCGAGCGCGAUCGAGCGGCUCUCGAUCCUCCGCUCGAGGGACCAACGCCUCGAUAAGCUCGCGCGCGCGUGCGCUCUCCGCGACUCGCACACGUCUUUAUCUCUGCGCCCGGCUCGUCGCGCGCGAUCGCGUCGCCGCCGCCACAUCGUUGCACGUUUCUCCGUUUCCUCGUCGAACGCGAUGAACGCGUUCCCGCAGAAAAUUGUUCACCGGCCGCGCGUACACCGUUGUCGUUGCCAGCCGGCGAUCGUUUCCCGGUUCAUCCUCAUCGUCAUCCAUCGGGAUCAUCGAUCCGUUUUAGUGUAACGGGGCGGUCGUGGCGCGAUCGAGAAGCUUUUUAUCUCUUCUCGCCUGUGCCCGUCGCCGUAUCGGACUGUGCCUGACAUUCUACGUGUGUUACGUGCUUGCUCUGCUUCUAUCGAUCUUUCUAUGUUACACUUGCUAGGGGAGUCGUAUCGGCGAGGAUCGGUCGCCGAAGUCGUGUCCCGUUCACGGGGUUACGGGUUAAAUGUGAAUGUGCUCGGAGUGGUAGUCGUUUGACCCUCAAAGAGGAUCGCGCGAGGCCGGCGAGGUCGGCGAGUGGAGGAUCCUUAACGAGGACGCAUGCUUUUGCCGACAGAGACAGAGAUAAGACAGACACACAGAGAGCUAGAGAAAAAUAGAGAGAGAAAGACAGACAGAUAAUCGCAAGGCCGCCGCCGAAUCCAUGGUGAAGGAUCGCCAGGCCUCCUGAAGGAUCCGAGGUGACCCCCGUUGCUUGCUUUCCGACCUUUCGAAGGACCCGGUCCCCAGAGGCCAGGCGAUGGACGGUCGGGACAGUCCGUUCUCCAGGAACCAGCCGGGCAGAGGCUCGUUGCGGCUGCCCCAGAACCGCAAAGGCUCGGCGACGAUUGACCCGGAGGGUCAGCGGUCGCCCAAUCAGACCAAGGACGCCGAUAACCCGAAGUCUUCCGGGCGGGUCAGGCCGGUUCACGCGCCUUUGGAGAACCUGAAGCAGUGGGAGCUGAUCGAGGGCGACAAAGGUCUCAAGGUCGUCGAGAAGAAGGGCCCGCAGAGCCCUCGGUCGAAGACCGUGGACGAGAAACGAGCUUCCGUUGGAGCCGGCCGGAUCGAAACCAGGAAAGCUCCGGCUGGCUUGAAGCUGGAUCCCGAGCUCGAGGAGAAGCUGAUGGCGUUCAAGGCCUCGAAGAUCGUGCAACCGAUCGUCAAGGGCGAGGACGACGCGAACGCGCCCGUCAGCCUCGGCUCGAUCCUGAAAAAACAGAAGGAUAACUCGGCGGUCGAGGACUGCACAGAAAUGCUUCAGAGAUUGGAGCGGCAGGUCAAGGCCAUCGAGAAGGACACGCUGGCGGCCAGAGCGCGUCAGCUGGUCGACAGCUCGGACCUCGAACCGGAAGUUCAGCUGCGUUACAGGGAACACGAGGAUCUGCUUCGUAACGUGACCGACGACGAGGCCGAGGGGGCGACGCCGUUGCAACGAGGCGAAGCGACGAGGAACUCGACCGGAAACGCGGGGAUCACGGCGAAGAAGGCCACCGCGAAACUGUCUAGAACCGCCUCUGACAACCGCCGCGGACAGGAAGCGGAGAUGUCCUUGCGGGCUCACAACAGGACCCACCAUGCGCGAGCUGGCCCGAUCACCAAGAAGGAUCACCGUCAGCAGCAGCAGCAGCAACAACAACAACAACAGCAACAACAACAGCAACAACAGCAGCUGCAGCAGCAGCUAAACAAUUCUGUCUGCCAGGCAAAGCCGAUCUCAGACAUCACGCGGAAGGCCGGUCUAAACGAGAAGGAGACAGGGGAUGGCGUGGGAGUGUCGAGUCGGCUCUCGUCGAGGAGUCGGACUUCGGAGGAACCCCACAUCGGCAAGUACAAAUUACUCAAGACCAUCGGCAAGGGCAACUUCGCCAAGGUAAAACUUGCCAAGCACGUGCCCACCGGGAAGGAAGUGGCCAUCAAGAUCAUCGACAAGACUCAACUGAACCCGAACAGCCUUCAGAAGUUAUUCCGGGAGGUGAGGAUAAUGAAGAUGCUCGACCAUCCGAACAUCGUGAAGCUUUUCCAAGUGAUCGAGACCGAGAAGACGCUCUAUCUGGUGAUGGAGUACGCCAGCGGGGGCGAGGUCUUCGACUACUUGGUCCUGCACGGUCGGAUGAAGGAGAAGGAGGCCAGAGCGAAGUUCAGGCAGAUCGUCUCUGCCGUGCAAUACUGCCAUCAAAAGAAGAUCAUCCACAGGGACUUGAAGGCCGAGAAUCUGUUGCUCGACAGCGAGAUGAACAUCAAGAUCGCCGACUUCGGCUUCAGCAACGAGUUCACGCCCGGCAACAAGCUGGACACCUUCUGCGGAUCACCGCCCUACGCGGCGCCCGAGCUCUUUCAGGGUAGAAAAUACGACGGACCAGAGGUGGACGUGUGGUCGUUGGGCGUGAUACUGUACACUCUGGUGUCUGGCUCGUUACCCUUCGACGGCUCGACGUUAAGGGAACUGAGAGAAAGAGUGCUGAGAGGAAAAUAUAGAAUCCCGUUCUACAUGUCGACCGACUGCGAGAAUCUGCUGAAAAAGUUUCUGGUGCUCAACCCGACGAAACGGGCCUCCUUAGAGACUAUAAUGAAAGACAAAUGGAUGAACAUGGGAUACGACGACGACGAGCUGAAACCGUACUUAGAGCCCGAGCCCGAUUAUAAAGACCACAAGAGGAUAGAGGCCCUGGCUAGCAUGGGAUACACGAGAAACCAGAUAGAAGACUCGCUGGAACAGGCCAAGUACGAUGACGCGUUCGCCACGUACUUACUCUUAGGAAGAAAGACCACCGAUCCGGAAUCGGACGGUUCGCGGUCAGGCAGCUCGUUGUCGCUGCGCAACAUUCCGCCUCAAGCGGGCUCGGGCGGAGGCGGAGGCGGAGGAAGCGGAGGAGGAACGGGCGGCGCCGUGCAAAGCCCGUCGCACAGAGGUGUUCACAGAAGUAUUUCCGCUAGCAAUCCAAAACCCAGUAGACGGGUUUCGUCCGGUCUUGAAACGCUUCGUGGAGCGUCGAGCCCAGGGAACGCGACGAACCAUAAUCAUGCGACUGCGAACACCGGGGGAACGGUGACAGGAGGCACCGGCGGUAGCAAUUUCAAACGGCAGAACACCGUGGACGCGGCCACCAUGAAGGAGAACAGCGCCCGCGUGUCCGCGAGCCGGCCUUCGGCCCCGAAAAAUAGCCCGGGCCAAUUAGACACCAUGACAAUGUUCAUUCUAGGCGUGGGUACAAGUCCCGGUGGUAGGGGAUGGGCAGGCAAGAGCAACACGAUGAAUGCAGGGGCAGGUGGCGGUCGGCUUCUCACCUCACCUGCCCCUGGUUCUGGUGGUCGACGUAGCACCAUCUCCUAUGAUCAAGCGAAAACGUCCUCCUCGUCCACCGAACGAACCAACGAUGCACCCAGCAUGGGCGAGGGCACUAGACCGACACGGGGUCACACCAAGUCUGCGAGCAUCAGCGCAGGUCACCGAUCCUCGAGUGGCGUACCCCCCAGCGACCAUUCACUACUGGACCCUCAACCACGCAACGCCCACAACUCCUUACUCGCCACUGCUGACCCUCUUAGACAGAGCCUGGGUGUGUCACCAAGUAAUAGACUGGCAACACCUACAACACCAGCAUUUCCUCGAAAUGUUCCAAGUCGUAGUACGUUCCACUCUGGCCAGAGAUCCGCUAGAGAUCAGCCAAUUUUUGAUCGGGGUCACACUCGCACGCAGGACACGAACGCAAUCAGCCCGCUAGCGAGACCGUCCUUCUUCUCGAAGCUGUCGUCGAGGUUCACCAAACGCCCCACGGACCCAUCCGUACCCCCAAAGCACCCAGUAGUGAGCGGAGCGACCACUAACGAAGAGCAGGUUAAACCACGCAGUCUACGAUUCACAUGGAGUAUGAAAACCACCAGUAGUCGAGAUCCGAAUGAGAUCAUGUCCGAAAUACGAAAGGUACUGGACGCCAAUAAAUGUCAGUACGAACAGCGCGAAAGGUUCCUGCUGCUGUGCGCGCACGGCGACGCGGCGACAGACAGCCAAGUGCAAUGGGAGAUCGAAGUUUGUAAACUGCCACGACUAUCGCUGAACGGCGUACGUUUCAAACGCAUCUCGGGCACGUCGAUCGGUUUUAAAAAUAUUGCCAGCAAGAUUGCGAACGAACUGAAGCUGUGACUGCCGACGACUGGCUCCAUAGCAGCCCGCGCCAACAACCCAUAACGCCCUCCUGACCGAUCGCAUGGACUCCUCGCAGCCACCGAUGACCACGACGUUCUCUAUUCCUCCUUCUUCUGGGACUUGAGCUUUCGUUUCGAUUCCGAUGAAACCGAGUCCGAUCUCGAUCUCGACCUCGAUCUCGACCCGAGCUCCGCAUCCGACACCGACAUUGACUCCGAUCCCCCGUCCGACACCCGUGAAAUCUUUGUCUAAGAGCCGGUCAAACGAAAGAAAAUGAAAAGAAAAGGGAAAAAACGAUCUCUCUCCGUCUUAAGAAUGUCGAUUCGUUCGCGCGCCGGGUCCCAGUCGAAACGUUGCCGAGGCGAACGGAGCUUCUCUCUCUCUCUCUCUCUCUCUUUCUCUCUGACACACACACACUCUCUCUCUCUCUCUCUCUCUUUUUCUCCGUGAUUACGAACGGGCGUGGUCUCUCGCCGAUCAUCGUCGAUCCUCUGCGUGCAACGCGGUGCAACGAUCCACGCAGCUCGGCCGUGUGCGCACGUAACAUUUUGUCGGUGAAAACAGCUGCUGGGACACUGUGAUCUAUUUACAUACUUACAUGGCUGAACACGUCAUGGUAUUACCGUGUAUACAUGUACGCGUACGUAUGUAUACGCAUAUCGCAUAUCGCAUAUCGUAUGUAUGUAUAUACGUAUGUACGUAACGUGUAUAUUUACAGAAUAAUACUCCCGAGUGCCAAAUUCGGAACCAGGUUGUCGGUCUUAGGUUUCGCGAAUUGAACCGUGUUCGCCGCGCGGGACGAAGGAGCCCGAGAGGAUGCCGGAUAUAUAAAAGUUCGAGUGCGAUUUGGGGGCUGUGGAGAGCCGGGGGGGACGGGGGACGACGUUGCGUACGUUUGCGAGACAGAGAAGAAAGGAAGGAGGCCCGAUGGAACGAGGAGGAGGAGGAGGAGGAGGAGGAGGAGGAGGCGCGGGGACGUGGAGACGAAGAGACGCGGAGACGAAGAGACCAGGUGACGAGAAGCUGAAAACCCGCGCGCGUCCCUCCUCGCCCGCGUCGUACACGCGGACCGUUUGCUCUCGUUUUUUGCUCCCGUUUGUUCCCGUUUUUCUCUCUCUCCCCGUCGAAAGGGGUCGCCAAGGGGUCGCCGAAGGGUCCCCGUUAAACCGAACCAAGUACCUCGUGCAGGCUCGCACGGUCGCAGAAUCGCACAAGAAUCCCGGGACACCCCGGGACACGCCGGGAUCCGCGUGUACGUCGGCGGGAGGACAGGAUCGUCGCAGUCACAGCGUAUCGCGCGUUCACACUAUCGCAGUAUUCCCUCGGUUAGGCGUCCCGCGUCGCGCGCUGACGAGGAGAGACGUUAUCAUCGAUGUAGCGGACGAGACGUUUAUUAAAGACAGCGGGGACACGGUACUUUGCUUUGUAUUUGGCUGACGAUUCGAUUCCGGCGGGCCGUGACGCUAACGAGGGAACACUGUACUUUGUAAAUCGAUGUCGUCUCGGUGCACGCACGCGUUCAAGCAAGAUCGGAGUGCCCGCUCGAUGGUCGCACUCUCUCUUGGGACUUACUCGGGGCUGUGUCGCGAGCGUUCGGGCCCGGGUAGGCGGUCCGCUCUCUCCCCCUCCGCUCGCUCGCUCCUAGAGUGGGGGACGCCGAAUGCGAAUGGGAACGGGGAAACGGUGCGCGGGCGGUCCCACGAGCCAGCGGGGACAGCCCGCGGAGACUUCGGCGAGACUUUUUUCGCGUGGAAUGCGAGCAUCAAGCGGGCACUGCUGCGAUUCUUCUAGUUUAGUUCGAGGCAAGUUCUCUCUCGCUUUCUCGCUUGUGAUCGCGACGCGUUCUCCCCUCCUCCUUUUUCUCGCCGCGUUCUAUUUCGCGCGGCGCGGCGCGGCGCGUCGUUCUCUCCUUUCUUCUCGCUUUCGGUAUCGCCAGGUUCGCACGCGAUACCAUCCAACGGGAGACACACGAUUUCAUUGUACUUCAACUGUGCCUAAUCACGCGUAUUUAACGAGACACGCCCGGAAAUCUUUUUCCGCGUGUGACGCAAGAGGAACGAGACGUAUAAAUCGGGGAUACGAUGGUGCGCGGGGUGCUGCGGUUCGGUGCGAUGCGAUGCGAUGCUAUGCUAUGCUAUGCGAUGCGAUGCGAUGCGAUACGAUACGAUGCGAUGCGAUACGGUGCGGUGCAGUGCGGAAAGAAGUUGCGCGAAAAGUUCAUGCAGUGAAGAGACGAUCGAACGUGUACGCACAGCUGUUGUUCGGUGGUCGGAGGACGGCCGUGGAGACACGUCGGCCGGUUCAAGAGAAAAAAUUACGGACACGUUUCCUUCGACGAGACACGCGUAUUAUCGUACACACGCGCACCAACCAACGAUCCACCAGCCGUACGAGUGGACGAAACGAGCCUUUCUUUUUGUUUGUGUCUGUGCGAGAACGCGAGACGCGCGGGUGCGCCUCGGAACGUUCACGGUGAAACGAAGAAAAGAGGUCUCUGUUUGUACAUAAAAACCGAUCACGCAUCUCGAACAAAAUGGGAGCCUGUUGUAAAGGUGAACGCGUAGGAUUAUACAGCCCUUUAAACGAAACUACCUUCGCGACAUUUAAUAACGAUCAUCCAUUCAGCGUUCAAAUGUGAAAAACCACAGCCGUUUUCGAUGGGCCGCGAACGUAUUUCGGUGCAUCGCGUCCCCCCCAAGACGAUAUCUUACAUUUUUCGAAUAUUUUUACGAUACUUUAUCACCUCUCCUCCCGAAUCCCCUCCCCCCCACCACCAUUUCUUUUUUCCUUUUCUUUUUAUCGCAAGUUUAAUGGUAUCCAACCCUUUGCAGACGUUAGCCAAUUAAUUGAUGCGUAUCGAUAAUUAUAAUUACGUUUAUUACUAUUAUUAUUAUUAUUAUUAUUAUUUUAUUGUUAUUACUAUUACUACUACCACUACUGCUACUACUACUACUACUAUUACUACUAUCGUUAUUGUUAUUAUUAUUAUUAUUUUUAUUUUUAUUUUUAUUUCUACGCAUAGUACACAAAUAAUGUUAAGACACGAUAUAAGAUCGAGAUCGAAGAUGAUAGAAGAAGAGAAACACUAUUAUUUAAACAUUGUUUAGGGAUUAUCGUCGUCGAGCGAUUCUACUCGUAACACGUUCGAGUAAAACACACAAGUACUUCGCUCCGUAACGAAGAGAACAGAAAAAAUAAGCUUGGGAGAUUGAUUAACCGAUGAUAACGCGAAAGAAGGGAGUGUCCGGAGCCAUACCCAACAAAACACGCACGCGCGCACGACAUCGUCGAUAAACGAGAUCUGUUGUUUCUACGAAAGAGUACCAUGUAAGGAUUAUAUUUAAGUAUUGUAAUUGGCUAUACACUAUUACGCUAUUUAACCUUUUAUUCGCAAAUGUAUUCGCGGUUGAAUGAAAACUAAAUUAGGAAUUAUUGUAAAUGUAGAGGCGAUUCUAGAGAGACUUGGUGUAUAUAAAUAAUAUAAUAUACGAAAGGUACUAAAUUAACCAAAUAAAAAUGAAAGCCUCACACACCAAGAACACACGAAUAUAAAACGGGGGAAAAAAAAAAGAAAACGCGUACGCGAGGAGUUACGAAGAAACGGAGAAUCCAAGGAGAAGGACCAUACGGAAGGACGAGAAAAAGACAAACGGGAACGGAAGAGGACGGAAGCCGGCGAGGAAGACGAAGAGACGAUUCGAAGAGGAAGACGCACCGGAAUACUGAAGAAGAGGAGAACCACGAACACGGAUACGGAGAAAACGAACGAAUGGAAAUGCAUCUCGGGAUAAUCGAGUUAACGCGAAACUUUUUAUAUUUGCCUAAGAUUAAUCUCGAGUAAAUUACUUAUAGGCAAUCACUAAUUUAUUUAAAUAAAUACGGAACACGAAUCAUUUUUUCACGUUUCUAAACACGCGCUGUUUGCGCGCGCAUACACACGCCAAGUACACGCACACACAGAGACACAUGCUGAAAUACCAGAUAUACCAAAAAAAAAAAAAACAAAAAAUACAAAGGGUCCCGUGCGAUUCGAGCCGCGCUCUCUGUGGCUUUAAAAUGCCGAGAGGGGCGCAACAAUUACGUGAUUCCACGGUGCAUUGCUUCAGCUCCCGUAAAGAGAGUUCGGACGCGAUAAUCGAAGUUUUCUUCGUUGUUGGAACAAAAAAAGAUUCCGGUUCUCUCGUAACAAUUAAUUCGGAAUAAUUCGAAACAAUUUUCCAUCGCGACCGUUUCGAUCGUGUAGCCUUCGUACACAGGUCGCUCGGUCCAACAAUUCGAGUUUCCUUGGUGAGAAAUUUUCGUCCAUUUCUUAACUAAAAAGUUCCAAAGCUACGUUUCUUUCUCUCCUGAAUUUUCCGGGAGGCUCUGUAUCGGGAAAAACGUAUCGCGGAAAACGUUUCGAUCCGACGCGCCGAGUUAUCUUAUCGAGUGGCUCUCUUUUCCGGGAGAACGACUGAUAGCACCUAAGUAUCCUCGACCGAGUAUAUUCCCUUUUAGCGAGAUCCGAUCGGCGGAGAGAAAGAUCCCAGAUCUCCGGGACCGAUCGAUCGAUGACAUUGUACGCGCGCAAAACAGUGAUAGACCGCGACUUUACGACACCUUGCGAAGACCCACAUCCCUCCUGAAACGCGCGGUUUCGAACACGCUGCAACCGGUUUCCGCCCCGAAGUGACGGACCACUUCGGGCAUCCCUCUUUCCACCGCUCUAUCGCUCUGUCUCUCCAUAUAUCCACCCCCCACCCUCUCUGUCUCUCCAUCUAUCUCUCGAUUUUCGAGUACGAAAACAGACUGCAAACCUCGAACAAAACGCGAUCUCGAACGAGACCAGCAUCGAUUUCUGUACACGGAGAAGCAAACGUAACAAAAAGGGGACGCACGCACGGUCUCCGGAACGAACGAAGGGGGCGUCAGUGUAUAAUUAAUCGAGAUCCGGAUCGCCGCGACCCCGAGCCGACACGACCGAUGUAGAAAAAGUUUACCCUUAGCAGUUAACGAAUUCAUGUUACAAUGGAUAUAAGACCCUUCGAAUAGCGUUUAAACGAUGGUUCACGCCUGUAAAACGCGCGUAUAGGCAGAAGAGAAAACAAAUUCUACGGUACUGUAACAACGUAUUACACACACACACGCAUACGCACGUACACGUACACACUCUCGCUUACAUACACGGUACACAUACAUUGAAAACACGUCCGUUAUACAAGCCGGUAAACUAGAACACUUCGCCGUUCGUUCGAUCGCUCGUCGUUAGCUUAUCUCUCUAAUGGAUCGAUGUAAAGAUUUCUAAAACCGAUGAAGAAUCGCGGGCAGGAUGACGACGAUGCGCUCGAACGAAUUAUCCCACGACGUGUAAGAACAAUCGAACGAUCCCCGAGCUCUCGAACCCCUCCCCAACUAGCCCAAAGCUGAACGGAUGACAUCGGGAAACUUUCGGACGACAGGGGACGCACUGUUCGCGCCGGUCCGCAAACAGUUUUUCCAAUUUUUGUAUGAAAGUAAUAAAGCCAGAAAAAGAUGACCAUCGAUUCCGAGUCCGAUUAAAAAAAAAAAGCCCGUUUCCGCUUCGACACGGCUCGUCAUCCAUCCAGCUAAGCCGAAUCCGCCCUGCGCGCACACGAGAGGGGCUGUGCUUGAAGGUGACGGCACGGUGGAGCUGCGGACCCUCUGGGACCAACGAAACGAAUAUCGGAUCCGAUUGAACCGGCGGAAAGGGGAUAAGAAGGGGAUCAGCGAAAUGCUAGAGAUUUUUACUAAAUUCUUACCUCGAACCCGCCGAAUGAAAGCGCAAAAAUAAUCCGGUUAGCGGUCGACACAUUUCAUGCACACGAAUCCGAGGCAGACAUUGUCUAUAUUAAUUUAACCUUUUAUAAUUUGAGAAGCUUGUAUACGACAGUAUGAAAAUAAUCCUGGGCCCAGACUCGCGUAAGGAGCUUCAACGGCCCCGCUGGGUCCACUGCCUCGCUGUUCUAUUGUUGCUUUCAAGUAUAAUUACGUAUUCCUACGUACACGCGGCCACGUGUGCAUACAUCCAACAAUUUGUAGGUACGCACGUACAUACAACACGCAUACAAACGUACACAGGUACAUUAAUACAUACAUACAUACAUACAUAUAUACAUACAUACAUGCAUACAUACAUACAUACAGCUUUACUAAGUGUUUUCUGGUGAUCGGUAUUUAGCCAACAAAAUGUAGCAGAAGCGUUUCUAAUAAAAUGGUAACAAGCA